AUGGUCCGUGGGCUGCCCGGUGCUGCCAGCCUGGCACGCUUCUUCCAGAAACUGAACAGGCUGAAGCCGCUGGAGGAGUCCAGCAUGGAGACGUCGCUGCGGCGCUGCCUGUCCACGCUGGACCUGACCCUGCUGGGUGUUGGUGGCAUGGUGGGAUCAGGCCUCUACGUGCUUACAGGUGCGGUGGCCAAGGAUGUUGCUGGCCCUGCUGUGAUCUUGUCCUAUUGUGUGGCCGCUGUGGCCUCCCUCCUGGCAGCCCUUUGCUAUGCAGAAUUUGGGGCACGUGUGCCCCGCACAGGCUCUGCCUACCUGUUCACCUAUGUGUCAAUGGGUGAGCUGUGGGCCUUCCUCAUCGGCUGGAACAUUCUCCUCGAAUAUAUUAUUGGUGGCGCUGCUGUGGCCCGAGCCUGGAGUGGCUACCUAGAUUCCAUCUUUGGCCACAGAAUCCGAAACUUCACCGUGACCCACGUGGGAUCCUGGCAGGUGCCCUUGAUGGGUAACUACCCAGACUUCCUGGCUGCCGGAAUCCUCCUUCUGGCUGCUGCCUUUGUCUCCUGUGGAGCUCGGGUCUCCUCCUGGUUCAACCACACCUUCUCGACCAUCAACCUGCUCACCAUCCUCUUUAUCGUCAUCCUGGGCUUCAUCCUGGCUGAGCCCCACAACUGGAGUGCAGAGGAGGGGGGCUUUGCACCCUUUGGCUUCUCUGGUGUCAUGGCUGGCACUGCCUCGUGUUUCUUUGCCUUUGUGGGCUUUGACGUUAUCACUGCCUCCAGUGAGGAGGCCCAGAACCCGAGGCGGGCUGUGCCCGUGGCCAUUGCCAUUGCACUUAGCUUGGCAGCAGGCGCCUACAUUCUUGUCUCCACCGUGCUGACCCUCAUCGUGCCCUGGCAUAGCCUGGAGCCUGACUCCGCACUGGCCGAUGCCUUCCACCGGCGGGGCUACAGCUGGGCUGGCUACAUUGUGGCCGCAGGCUCCAUUUGCGCCAUGAACACUGUCCUGCUCAGCAGCCUCUUCUCCCUGCCACGCAUCGUCUACGCCAUGGCAGUCGACGGGCUCUUCUUCCAGGUGUUUGCCUACGUGCACCCCCGGACGCAGGUGCCUGUAAUGGGCAUCCUGGUGUUCGGGAUCCUCAUGGCCCUCCUGUCACUGCUGAUGGAUCUCGAAGCGCUGGUCCAGUUCCUAUCUAUUGGCACACUACUCGCCUACACCUUUGUGGCCGCCAGCAUCAUUGUGCUACGCUUCCAGAAGGCUUCUGCACCCAGCUCCCCAGGCCCGGCCAGCUCUGGCCCCCUGUCCAAGGAGCACAGCUCCGUCUCAGACCACAUGCAGCUGGUGGGUGCAGAGCAGGCAUCAGCCCCCGAGCCUGGACAGCUGCGACCUGCCCUGAGGCGCUACCUGGGUUUCCUGAGUGGGUACAGCCCUGGGAGGGUUGUGACUUGUGCACUCUGCAUCCUGAUGGCCUCAGCCACCACCCUGGACUCUGUGCUGAUUUUUGGGGACUCGGGCCUCCCACACUGGGGUUACAUCCUACUGCUCCUGCUCAGCAGUGCUGUGUUUCUGCUUAGCGUCCUCAUCCUGGGGGCUUUCCAGCAACAGCCCCGGCAGGACACGUUUCAGAUCCCCAUGGUGCCCCUGCUCCCAGCCCUCAGCAUCCUCCUCAACAUCUGUCUCAUGCUGAAGCUCAACUACCUGACCUGGGUGCGCUUCACUAUCUGGCUGCUAAUGGGACUCGCUGUGUAUUUCGGCUAUGGCAUCUGGCACAGCAAGGAGAACCAGCGGGAGCCCCCAGGGCUGACCAUCACACGCUAUGUGGUAUUCCCCAGUGGCAGCCUGGAGGAGACGGUGCAGGCCAUACAGCCCUCUAGCCAGGCGCCACCCCCUGCGCCCAGCCACACGGAGUAG